AUGAGGAUACGCCUACCCCUGAAGCCACUAGUCUUUACUUGGAGACAUGGCGCCAGUCUGGUCAGAUAUAAGACGCGGUGUGUCUCCAUCACUCCUGGCAUCCCAUUUACUUUUGGUCCAUCUUCGACAGCCUGCGCUGUACACCGACUCUUUCUGUUCGCGAAAAUGCCAAAACAUCAAACCUGCACAGAUAGACACGAAGGGUCAUCAUUCAGUCCUUAUCAGAAGCCCAGCAUCCAAGCCAGCAUUACAAACAUCGCUGGUAGUUCAGAAGAGCUCCAGACAUUCCAACAAGUAGCAAGUCAAUUGGCUGAAAAGCAAAGGAUCAUAAUCAUCAGUGGAGCUGGUAUAUCCACGAAUGCGGGCAUUCCGUGCUUUAAGAGCUUUUCGAGAACCAAGAUGGCAAGCCGAAACAUAUUUGAUCUUUCAGCGUACUCUUCUCUGGACUCUGCGAACUUGUUACACCAGAGCGAGCUGCAGAUACUCGAGUCGGCAUCAAGAGGUGAGCCUCAACCUUUUGAGCUUUUCAUGGAGGAGUUGGCUCAAUUAGGCCGCCUUCACCGGCACUAUACCCAGAACAUUGACUGCCGCACGAGCAAGCUCCCUGCACUAAGUAAAAAAACGCUCAAUCUCCAUGGUCGAUUAGACAGAUUGAGAUGUCACAUAUAUUCUCAGCACACAGUUUCAGUCAAGCAGCAGCCGCUGCGAAAGUUGCUAGGUGCCCGAUGCCCAGUAUGUGAUAAGAAGAAUGAAGAGCGGAUCCGAGAAGGAAAGAGGCUUCACAGUGUAGGAUUUCUUCGACCCGACGUAUUACUAUACAACGAGAGUGAUGGAGCAGAUCCUGAGAUCAUGAAAGCAUUCGAAGAAGAUCUACACCAAAAUGUUGACGCACUUAUCAUUGUUGGAACGACGCUCCACAUACCCGUUCUGCAAGAGUUCGCAACCAAGAUUUGUCGAAAAAUGAAAGAGUCCAGAGGGAAGAUGCAUUCACCCAGGAAUACAGGAAUGGUCCUAUGGAUCAGCAAAGAGAAGUCAAAAGUGAGAGCAAAGCUAAAAUCCCUCAUUGAUUCGGAGUUCCUUCAAGACUGCGACGAAUUCGCAGUUCAAAUCUCUCCGUGGCUUCGAAACCUCAACGUGACCGAUGUCAGGGAGGAAAGGGAGGUCCAAUCCCCGCAGAGCAGCAUAUUCAAUCAUACUAGACCCAUCAUCAGGUCGAUCGUCGAUUGUCGAUCUUACGGUUGA